GGACGCGUGCGCCGCCAUUAUCAUUUUCGUAUAACUAUAAUUUUUAUGGUAAAAGUUAAAGUAUUAGUAAUAAAAAUAACUGCAAAUUGUUGUAAAAAGGUUCCUGCAUACGACGACACUGUUUUUACAUACAAGAUGACGCUGCCGGACGAUUCCGACAAGCUUAAAAGGCUUAUAAGUGAGCGCGGGUACGUGAAGUCAUGUCUUACACGUAUAGAACGUUUCUGUGCGUCGGGUUUAGAAACCGCAUCACUAGAAUUGCUCCAGGAAAAACGUACACGACUCGUCGAGAUACUCAAGGAGUACGAGAAAUACAACAAGGAAAUUCUAUUCCUUAAUCCAGAUGACAAGGAAAACCCGGAAGAGUAUGAAAAAAAGCGAGCGCUUGCCAUGGAGAAUACCAGCGGUGAGAAAAUGUACUCAUCCGCAGCUGACUCAGCAGGCACUUCUAAAGGUGGUAAGCCUGGCAAGUCUGCCAGCUUUGUAGCAGCCUCGACUUCAUGUUCUCCAACGCGAGUCGCUGCCGCUAACACCAACGGGGCCCUUCCUGGUUAACACGAGCUUCGGUUAUGUUGUCGCAGGCAGCCUGCCUGUGUCUGCAGGCCAGGUAUCCUCGUCAAACUUUUGUGUAACAGUUCAAGACUUAAGGCCGAAUCUUCCAGUCAACUCAUGGGAUCUCUACCGCUUGAUCGUGUUAACGUUACUCGUCCAUUCCAAAUUGUAGGCACCGAUUAUGCCGGGCCUUUCAAUGUAAAGCAAACUAGAAUAAGAAAUCCUGUCAUAACAAAAGCCUAUGUAGUGAUUUUUAUAUGCUUUAUUACAAAAGCUAUUCACAUUGAAUUAGCGUCGGAUAUGACAACUAAUACAUUUUUGUCAUGUUUUAAAAGAUUUAUAAGUCGUAGAAAUAAGCCUACGAAAGUAUAUUGUGACAAUGGAAGUUACUACAAAGGUGCAGAUAAUGUACUAAGGGAAUUGUAUAAUCUACUGAAUUCCACAGGACACCAAAACAAGGUAUUAGAAUAUGGUACCUCUGAAAGGAUUACAUUCAAUUUUAUUCCUUCUUAUAGCCCAGUAUUUGGUGGUCUGUGGGAGGCAGGAGUUAAAAGCGUUAAAUACCACAUGAAACGUGUAAUUGGAAAUGCGGU